AUGUCUAACAAGAAGAUCGACGGACCCGCCGUUGGCAUCGACCUCGGCACUACCUACUCCUGCGUCGGCAUCUGGCAGCAAGAGCGCUGCGAGAUCAUCGCAAACGACCAAGGUAACCGCACGACCCCCUCCUGGGUUGCCUUCACCGACAGCGAGCGCCUCAUCGGCGAUGCCGCCAAAAACCAGGCCGCCAUGAACCCUCACAACACAAUCUUCGACGCCAAGCGCCUCAUCGGCCGCAAGAUGGACGACCCCGCCCUCCAGAACGACUUGAAGCACUUCCCCUUCAAGGUAGUCCCCAAGGACGGCAAGCCCCACAUCCAGGCCGAGUACAAGGGCCAGACCAAGACCUUCUCGCCCGAGGAGAUCUCGUCCAUGGUCCUCACCAAGAUGAAGGAGACCGCCGAGGCCUACCUCGGCAAGGAGGUCAAGCAUGCCGUCAUCACGGUGCCGGCCUACUUCAACGACUCCCAGCGCCAGGCGACCAAGGACGCGGGCAUGAUUGCGGGUCUCAACGUCCUGCGCAUCAUCAACGAGCCGACUGCAGCUGCCAUCGCCUACGGCCUGGAGAAGAAGGGCUCGGGCGAGCGCAACAUCCUCAUCUACGACCUGGGCGGAGGCACCUUCGAUGUGUCGCUGCUGACCAUCGACGACGGGAUCUUCGAGGUGAAGGCGACGGCAGGCGACACGCACCUGGGAGGCGAGGACUUCGACAACCGCCUCGUGCAGUACGUGCUGCAGGAGUUUAAGCGCAAGCACAAGAAGGACCCCUCCGAAAACGCCCGCGCCCUCAGGCGCAUCCGCACGGCGUGCGAGCGUGCCAAGCGCACGCUGUCGUCGGCGGCGCAGACGACCAUCGAGGUGGACUCGUGCUAUGACGGCAUCGACUUCUACACCAACAUCACGCGUGCCAAGUUCGAGGAGCUCUGCGCGGACCUCUUCCGAGCGACCAUGGACCCUGUGGACCGCGUGCUGCGCGACGCCAAGAUCUCCAAGGGCCAGGUGAACGAGAUCGUGCUGGUCGGCGGGUCUACCCGCAUCCCCAAGGUCCAGUCGCUGCUGCAGGACUUCUUCAACGGCAAGGAGCUAAACAAGAGCAUCAACCCUGACGAGGCCGUCGCCUACGGUGCUGCCGUCCAGGCUGCCAUCCUUGCUGGCGUGGACUCGCAGAAGACGCAGGACCUGCUGCUGCUCGACGUUGCGCCCUUGUCGCUCGGCAUCGAGACGGCAGGCGGCGUCAUGACCAAGCUCAUAGAGCGCAACACGACCAUCCCCUGCAAGAAGUCGCAGACCUUCUCCACCUACGCCGACAACCAGCCCGGCGUGCUCAUCCAGGUCUUUGAGGGCGAGCGCCAGAUGACCAAAGACAAUAACUUGCUAGGCAAGUUCCAGCUCGACGGUAUCCCGCCGGCCCCCCGCGGCGUCCCUCAGAUCGAAGUCUCCUUCGACCUCGACGCCAACGGCAUCAUGAACGUCUCGGCGCAGGACAAGUCCACGGGCAAGCAGAACAAGAUCACCAUCACCAACGACAAGGGUCGCCUCAGCCAGGACGACAUCGAGCGCAUGGUGCGGGAGGCGGAGCGCUUCAAGGAGGAAGACGAUCGACAGCGCAAGAAGGUCGAGGCUCGCAACGCGCUGGAGAACUACGCCUACUCACUCAAGAACACGCUCAAUGACGACAAGGUUGCCGGCAAAAUCGACGAGUCGGACAAGUCGUCGCUCACUGCAAAGAUCGAGGAGACCAUCUCUUGGCUCGAGGCCAACCAUGGCGCCGCACCCGAGGAGUACGAGGCCAAGCAGAAGGCGCUUGAGCAGGUGGCCAUGCCGAUCAUGACGAAGCUGUACUCGGCCGGAGGGCAGAUGCCGGGAGGCAUGGGCAUGGGAGGCGAAGGAGCUGCCGCAUCGGGAGCUGGGGAGAGCAGUGGCGCUGGUCCUCACAUUGAGGAAGUAGAUUAG